AUGUUGAAUCAACACGUGCAUCCACACCAGGAUUCAAAGGGAUGUCCAUCCUCAGAGGACAAUAAUACAAAACAAACUCAGACUAGAAGAAAUAGGCAAAGCACAUUGCCAUUCUCUAGAGUGCCUAAAGACUCCACUGAUGAACUGACUAGUGCCCCUGACCAUCAGAGAGCAUCAAUAGAUCCCACACACCUUUCAAAACCAAGUCUGGCAGCGGCCAACAGAGCACUAGAUAAGCAAAACAGUUCGUAUCUCUUACCUCGGCACAAAGACGAACAAGUGAAAAGUAGCCCACGUUUCAAAAGUAUGUGAAUUAUAAACUGUGUCCAAAAAUGUGAUACAAUUUUAUUACAGCAACAGAAUGGCACUUACUAACCAUAUCAUAAUUAUUACCGUGAUCAGUAUUUCAGUGAUGCAAAGGAUGAAAAACAUUUACUUUUAUAUUGAAAAUGUAUGGCCAUGUAAGUUAAUCAAACUGUGAAUUGAAGUUUUAGGAUAGCCUAUUGAGGGAUCCCCUGAAAUGAUGGGUAAACGAGAUUAAAUUAACUGUUUUAAUACUGAUAUGGUGAUACAUUUUCUAAUAAACAAAUGUUAACCUUUCUUUCUAGAAGCACCUUACUGACAAUUUGUGCUCCUGAUACUGUCAUUACACAAAAACACAAGUGAAUCAGCAUUCAGCAGGAAAAAUGUUUUUCACCUCUGUGUUUUGUAACGUUUCAACAUUUAAAGUUGUAGGCAGAGUAACUGUGUAUGCUGCAGCAGCUGGUGUCACAGACACAAUUUCUGACAAUUUAAGCAAGCUUGCUUGCCUUAGUCAAUAUGGUUGGCAAGAGCAUGGAGAAGAAUACCAAGUAACCAAACGUAUCAUCUAAGUUGCUGUUGUGGUGUUGGCUGUAAUUGUUAUAGCCCAGCAUUGGUUUACCCAAUAAAUGACUGGAAACUGGUUUAUCAUGUGACUCUUUAUUUCUAUAGCUCAGCAUUGGAACAUACAAUAAGCAUUUUUAACGACGUCAUUUUUUUGUUGUUGAUAUUGACUUAACCUGACAGUUUGUGAAUUGAAUAAGACUUACACUUGGUCAACGUGUCCUCUAUGAUCUCUUGGUGAAACCAAACUGGAGGAACAGUGGCAUAUUUGUUGCCUUUGCGUUCCAUUCCUUUUGAACACAGCUGCUCAGAAACUGUGUUCAGUGGGUGAAUGAGUAGUCCUGAUGGUCUUUGAAGCUGCUGCCACAGGGGCUCUCUGUGUGUUACCUCCAUGUUGGUAGGAAAACAUCCUCUCCUGUGAAAAUGCACCUGACACGGUCUUCUGUGUUCGCUCAACCUGAACAAAACUUCAGCUUUUAACACUAUGGAGAAAUCUUGUUUGAAUUCUCAUGUGAACUGUAUUGCGGAAUGCAUCAUAUUAUUUUCAUCGUUACAUGAGCGAGAUUGUAUAGUUAAUCCACUUUUAGUUUACAUUUAAUAGAGUGAUUUGAAUAUAACACUGUCAAGUUCAAUCUACUCCAAAAUUAGAAGAAAAAUAUAUAUAUUCAGGAAUUAGGGUACUUAUCAGGGUCUGGAGAAUUGGCCCCUUGUUUUACAACUGUGGAAGAUGGUAUGGGUUUUCUGUGUGAGGUUUCAACCUUCACAGAAGAGCCCAUGUAAUAGGAGUGAGGGUUCUCCCCAAAAAAUGUAAGCUUGUAAGAGGUACUGCGCCACCUUGUGGAAUGUAUUUUUUUUAACGAAAUAUAGUUUUUUGUUUAUCAUAUAAGGCCUUUUUUUUUUGCGCUAUGUUGCAGCAAAUGGCAGUUACAGGUGUUAAAAAAUGCAAAAAUCUCCAAAGGGGGACCUUGUUCAAAAGUCCUGGGAGCACUCAUUAUAAGAUGUUAUGGAGUGAACUGUUUGGAUUUAGCUUCAACCCCCUCAGCAUCUGGACAAAGGUAGUCUUACCAUUCACCAAGAGUGGAACGAAGUCAUGUGCAAGUACAACAGUCAUGACAUAAACCACUUUUAUAUUUUUGUUCUUCUGACACUAUCAGCAUUAUCAAACUUAGAUAAUCUAUGGUUUUGUAGAGUAGUUUACUAAGGCAAAAAUCAUGUUUAGUGAAACGUUUUGAUGAAGCAUGUCAUCUGACGUGAGCUUUGUACCCUUAGCAGUAAGGGGAGUUGUCCUGUAUGUGUAUCAUUGAGCAUUUAUUUGUGUGUAGAAAUGAGUUGAUUUUUAUCUUGAGUACUUGGCUUUAUAAAAUGGCAUUGUGUAUGUGCUCUUAAAGAACUUCAGGAAGCAUGAUGUCAUAAGCACUUUAUUCACCGCAUGUAGCCUAACCGUGUGAUUGUUUAUGUUUUCUAUGCACGGCUGUUGCAAAUGAAGUCAAAUGUUCAAUCGGUAAUCUGAUCUUUUGUACCCUCGGGUGCUUUUCAGUUAAAAUGAGCCAUUCCAGCCCCCCCUGACCCUAGAUAGAUUAGGACAAGGGCCUAUGGAAGUUGACUGUAUGGAUAGAGCCUGAGUAAUUUCAGUUUGCAUAGAUCGGCCAUCAACGGGACCUCGUCCAUACCCAAAAUAAUUUCCUUCAUUUGUGCGAGGUGCAUUGAAAUGGAGCCUGGUGCAACAGUUCACACCAACUCUUUGUCUUAGGUUUAUUUAGUGCGGACUCUUUGUUCAACGCCUGCCCUCUUGCACUGCUGCCAGAACAUUGCAUAAGUGAAGCCAAAAAUCCCCUUUGAGGAACCUCCAAAAAAUUUAACUGUUGAAAUUCCUUGUUUGUUUCUUGGCGAAGGAGUGAAAAAUGAAUAAUAGUGCUUUAGGCUUUUAACCUUGUUUGAUGUCUGAAAAACAUUCCCAGAUCAGUGUCAGCAGUCUCUUGCAUUGCUACUGAAAACAUUGUUUCCCCCCUGAUGAACACCUUUCUUUUGGUAUUAUCAACAGCAGCAUUCUUUUCCAUCCCAUAUCAUCAGCUUCCAUCACAGUGAUGAUGGUUGAUGUCCAUCUUUAAGAUCAGUGAAUAACUCAUUUCAGCACUGAGCUAAGGACAAUCCUUUGCGAUGGAGGAUGACCUAAACCAUGCCAUGCUUUCCUAAAGAAAGCUGAAAACCUUUUUUGAACCAAUGAAUCCUUUUAUGUCAAUUUGUAUAGGGGUUUUGGGUGUGUUUUAUUUGGGGUAUGGCAGAUUUAAAAGGGUUCUGUUGUCACGGAGGAUCAAGGUGUUCUUGUUAAACCUUCAAAUGAAAUACAAGGACAUGUCUAAAGCGGGGUUGGGCAGGGUAAAUUUAUUGUGGUUUGCUAACACACUGUUUAUUUCUUUGUCAUAACAGCCCUCAGAUGAAAUGUCAAGCAAUCCUCAGCUCAGUCGAUAUACUGGGUUACCUUCUCAACAAAAGGCCUGUUAAACUUUCUCAACCCCUGCCGUAUGCUGACUGUUUCCAACCCCGGCGUUACUAAUACGCAACGAGCAACCUUUUUAUCACACCUGGCCACAUUGAUGUCACGGACACGUUGUUAUGCCUGUAAAGCAGUCGUGUAUGGGGCUGUGUACUGGUCAGGAUGCCUUCUGCUCAGGAUGCCUUCACCCCAGACUUCCUGCUGGGGGACUGGAGAGCGGUUCCUGACGGGAAAGAGCCUGUUCGCCCUGUCUCUAACUGGCGCUCAGGUGUUCAGUGCUGAUUGCCUGCUGCGUGGGGGUGAAGGUACUACUGUGUCUGUAUGUGAGACGGAUGGUCCAGAACCAGGCUAACCUACAAUUCCGUUUCAAUGCCGGCGGUGCUCUCCAACCUGUUUUUCACUGUUCAUGGCCUUGGGUUUCAUUUCCUCUUCACACAUCAAAUUAUGCAGAUAUCCGGCAUGUGGUGUUUUCUCGUGGAAGCAAUAAGCAAACUAUUGAAAACUGAUAGCCUUUAUCGCUGCUAUUAUCCCUUAGUCAUUAUUUAGGUGUGCACUUUGUAUUGAACUCACUUUGUAUUGAACUCAUAACUAAUGUAAAGUGCUAAUGUACUCUAAAGUGCGUAUAAUUUGUUUACGUGGUUGUUUUUUCAAUCCGGACUCUAAGGACAUUAGUUAUGACAAGCAUGCCCACUGAGUAAGUAGAUCCAACUGUAUUUGUUACAGCCACGUUUUGGAUGUUGGACAGAUUAAUAUUGAUAAUGUCUUGUUGAACUUCUUGACGAUACUUUGCCUUCUCAACCUACUAACCUAGGUAUUUGGAAAGGUUUUCCUCUUUUCUCCUCUGGUUCUUCAGACAGCAGCAGACAGUGACCCAGGUGGUCAGAGCUCUGGGUGGGUUCCCAGUGGUGGACCAGGUGUGUGAGAACACAACCCACGUGGUGUCGGUGGGCCACCGGCGGACCCUCAAUAUUCUCCUGGGCAUCGGCCGUGUCUGCUGGUAA